AUGCGAUGCCCCCCAGCUCUGGCAGAGGUGGGCUUCGAUCGCGACGUGGCCGCCAAUCUCUCUGCCUGGUAUCGGUGCCCCAAUGAGAUGGCCUGCCGCGGCGGACACUUCAAUGCCAGCAGCGUCCCCGGGGCGCGCGCGCAGGAGCUGGAGCCUAUGUGUGAAGAGGGCUAUCGUGGCCGCGGGUGCACGAGCUGCACUGAAGGCCACGCGCGUGCGGAUGCAGAUGUUCUACAGUGCAUCCCCUGCGCCAACUGGACAACCUCACCAAAGCAGGUGGUGUGGUACAUCAGCUUCUUUCUUUUGAAGAACCUGGCCCUCUUCGUUUCGGCAGUUGUCAGUGUUGAGGGCAGCGGGGGCAAAAGGGCCGCCAGCGCCACGCUGCUGAAUCAGGCCAUGUCCUUCGCCGCUGUAGCCGGUGUGACCAUGUCCGGCGCCAUGCAGACGGGCACUUUCAAGAACGAUCUCAACAAUGCAGCAAAGGUUGCCCUCCACCUGUUGGCUGUGCCGGCAUCCAUCGCCCAGGGGCAAGGCUCCAGUGAUGGCGGCAGCAACAGCAUGUCAGGCCAGUGCCUGCUUCAGCUGCUUAACAUGGACAGCGGCAUCCACAACGUCCACAUGCUAAUGUCCCUCUGGCCAGCGCUGCUUGUGGCAGGUCUCGCCGUGUUGAAGGGCGGCUGGCUUGCGGCGGUGGUUGGAAGCAACGUGUUCCUGCCAGCCUUCAUCGCCGGAUUCGGAAAGUACCUCGUGGCCUUCCGGCUGCGGCCUGAAUCAGAAAACGAGGCGCUGCAUCUGGAUUUCCUUCCCCCCGGGCCGCAGAUGAGUUCCCACAUUUCUCUGCGGAUCGCAGCAGUGCUGGGUGCCAUCGUGGGCUUCUCCGCGCUGAGCGUGUGCAGUUGGAUCUACACCGUCAGAACCCGAUCGCCGGAGGCGACACGACCGCACGUGGCCUAUUUGAUUCAGGCAUACCGACCUGAGUGUGCCAUUUGGGAGGUGGAGCGGCUGAUGCGUAAGGUGGUCCUGUCGCUGAUCGCCACCAUCCUGCCUGUCACUUUGUCGCCCGCACUUCAGAUGGAAGCCGUGACUCUGGUUCUCAUCGCGUCCCUGCUGGCGCAUCUGUACUUCUGGCCAUAUCAGGCAGAUGACUGGAACCGUGCAGAGAUCUACCUGUUGAUCGUAAGCCUGACCAUCACAGGGAUGACCACUUGCCUCAUCGCCAACGACCUGCACUGGGCGAAGUCCGCUUUGACGCAGCGCGUCCUGGUGUUCCUGAUUUGCUCGAUUGCUGGA